GAGGGUGAGACAUGUCGGAGGUCCUGACGGUGGACGCUGUCCUCUUCGGCCUGCUGGUGUUCUCCGGGAUCAUAGGGAACCUCCUGGUCAUCUCUGUGGUGUUCCUGUGCUCGAAGGAAAGCUCCUCUCGUCACCUGCCGCCGUCCGACACCAUCCUGGUGAACCUGUGCCUAGCGAACCUGCUAACGUCGCUCUUCCGCACGGUGCCGAUCUUCGCGUCGGAUCUGGGCCUGGAGGUGCGGCUGAGCUCCGGCUGGUGCCGCGUGUUCAUGCUACUGUGGGUGUGGUGGCGCGCGGUGAGCUGCUGGGCUACGCUAGCUCUCAGCGGCUUCCACUGCGCGACCUUGCGGCGGCAGCACGUGUCCAUGGGCCCGCGGGGUCUCCGGCGCGAGCGUCUGCGCGUGUGGGCGCUCCUGUCCGCCGUGUGGCUCGCUAACCUGCUGUUCUCCCUGCCGGCGCUAGUCUACACCACAGACGCGCGCGGGAACGCUACAGUGGAGAUAAUGGUGAUUAGCUGUACGACGCGCCCCCUGCUGGGCUGCGUGUGGAAGUUUCCUAGCGAGCGCCACGGAUAUGCUUUCGCCUCCACGUCGCUAGCGCUAAACGAAGUGCUGCCGCUCAUUCUAAUGCUGGGAACGAAUCUCGCUACGCUGCACGCGCUCGCUAAGCACAUCCGGGCGGUGUCCGGCGGCGGCGCGGCGGAGCCUCACGUGUCCAGCGAGCGGAAGGCGGGUCACGUGAUCAUGGCGCUAGUGGCGUUAUUCGUGAUCUGCUGGGUUCUGCAAGUCGCCGCCGUCACCUACUAUAACCACAACGGCGGGAAAGCCUCGGAGGCGCUGCUAACCAUCGCGCACUUCUCCGCCUCGCUGUUCGUGGGCUUCAGUCCGCUGGUGGUGGUGCUGGGACACGGGAAGCUACGGCGCAGGAUCGGCCGGAUCCUGGAGCGGUGCGCGCGGUGGGUCCGGCGGCCCGAGGCGGAGCAGCGCUGCGAGAACAGCGAGUCCAUCGGGAAAACGCCACAGAGCGAGAAGAAGUGA